AGCGUGAUCCCUUCACAGAGAGUGAGACACAGCGCUCCAGAUCUGUGAGUCUCUGCCUGCCGCUUAAUAUCGAUGAGGCUUUGGACAGUCGUUGCGCUCAACCUCUCCUUCUCUCCGGGGGGCUUUUUUUAUCUGCUUUUUUUUUCUUCUUCUUCUUUUUUGCGUCUUGUCAGUAUUAUGCCGCAGCUGAGAUCCUCCUGACUAAGGAUCGUGGAUCCAACUCGCAGAGAGGGUGAAAGCACCUUGCAUCCAGUCAUGGGAGGUCAGAUCACCAGAAAUACCUUCUACGACUCUCUAAAUGGACCAUUUCCUGCAGCACCCCACCGGUUCCACCACAAGCCGAAGCGCUACCCACCUAUCCAACCAUGUGGAAAUUUGUCCUCCUUCCCUCUGCAGUUCCACCCUAGCACCAAAGGCUCACAGAUUAUUAUGGACCUUUCACAGAGAACCGUCAAGAGACAGGCCAGCUUCUGCAACGCCAUUACCUUCAGCAACAGGCCCAUCGCUGUUUACGAGCAAGUUCGGCUGAAGAUAACUAAGAAGCAGUGCUGCUGGAGCGGAGCGCUGCGUCUGGGCUUCACGUCUAAAGACCCGUCAAGGAUAAAUCCAGACAACUUGCCCAAGUACGCCUGCCCUGACCUCGUCUCCCAGAGUGGCUUCUGGGCAAAAGCCCUGCCAGAGGAACUAUCUAAUGAGGGGAAUGUCAUAUCUUUCUGGGUUGAUAAGAAAGGCAGAGUGUUUUACCGUAUCAACAACUCCAACCCAAUGCUGUUCUUCAGUGGUGUCCAUGUUGCUGAACCUCUUUGGGCUCUCAUCGAUGUCUAUGGCCUAACCAGAGGAGUCCAACUGCUUGACAGUGAGAUGGUUCCUCUGGACUGCCUGCGUCCUCGUUCCUGUGCUGCCACCCGUCGGUCUUCAGCUCGGCGGAACAGUCAUGACCCUCGCCUCACCAUUAGUCUGUGCGACCUGAGCCUGCAGCAGCAAGACAUGCAGCUCGAGGAAGAGGAUGAUGAGGGGGAUGAAGAGGAACAACUCCAGCCUUUAAACUCCAACUCCUGCCAUGUUCCCCAGAACUCUCAGAACUCGCAGCAGUGCUUGCUGCUGCCUGGCCACUUGAACACUGAUCUGCAGUUUCACACUAUUCAUGGCCUCCAUGUCACCGCGCUCGAUAAGCACACGGUUGCUCGGCCAGAUCACCGCGGCGACGAGAGAACCCUGGUGUUCACCAGCCGCCCAAUGCACUGUUCAGAGAUUGUGUUUGUGAAGGUGAAAGCAGGAGCCAGCCGGGGGGGGUCUCUUUCUUACGGCGUGACGUCCUGUGACCCGGCCACUCUCAGGCCCAGUGAUCUCCCAUCGAACCCCGAGUCCCUGGUUGACCGCAAGGAAUUCUGGGCCGUGUCCCGGGUGGCUGUGCAACUCCACAGUGGGGAUAUUUUGAGCUUUGUGGUGAAUGCAGAUGGGGAGCUUAUGAUGAGCCAUAAUGGGAGCAGUGCAGGAAUGGCGCUUUGUGUCGAUAACUCCAGGCCUCUCUGGAUGUUCUACGGUCUGCAUGGAUCCGUCACUCAACUCAGAAUUUUAGGCUCAUCUUUGCCUCUCGAUCAUCAAGGUUCAUCAGUGCCCAGCUCGCCGUUGUGUACACCCAACACCCCGACAACACUCUGCAGUAGAAACUCUGGGUCCAACCUCAACACCACACUGACCAUCAGUCUGAAUUCAAGCCUUAACUCCAACUACAGCACACUGUUUUCCCCUUCCACAGGUAUAAACCCAAGCUCGCCGUUUUCCAGCCAUCCAGAGUCCCCUACAUUCCCAUCUUCGUCCAGCUCGUGGAGUGACGAAUGCACUAUCUGCUACGAGAACAUGGUGGACACCGUCCUUUAUGCCUGCGGUCACAUGUGUCUCUGCUAUGCCUGUGGCCUGAAGCUCAAGAAGAUGGCCAACGCGUGCUGCCCAAUCUGUCGACGGACAAUCAAAGACAUCAUCAAGACCUACCGGAGCACAUAGACUUGCCUCCGACAAUGCUCAAGAUAUCGCAAAAGCCAUGUAAGACUUUUUAAAGACAGCACAAAUGAUGAUCUGGCUCAGGUACUCUACAACAGGACUUGAAGCUUGAUAAAACAUUUUGUUCAAAUAAUAGGAGACGUCAUCAAAAGCCAUUAGAUAUGCAGUGUGAUCAAGAAAAGCUAAAUGUGGUACGGUAAAAACAACAUGACAGUAUGCAUCAACUCAUUUAUGCUGAAGAGAAACUGCUAUGUUCCAUGUCAUGCAGAAUAAACCCUUCAUGAUCUCUCCAUCCAAGUUAAAUGGAGUUUGUCCAGCGCAGGAGAUAAUAACAAACAGAAUCAAUCGCCAGCUUCACCAGCUGCUACUCUGCUGCUUGUCAGGAAGCUUUGAGUCAGACAGUCGUUUAAGAGGAAGAAUCGAUUAUUUUCCUAAACUGAGUGAAAAUCAAGGAAUAGUUUUAUUUUGAGAUUUCCUGAAGGCGGUGGAAAAAAAAAUAAUAAUAAGUAGAGAGGGUGAGAAAAUCUUCUUUUAGCAAUAAUCGCACAAUAAAACCUAAGCACUAAGGGUACAGAGAAACUUAAAGGAACUUAAAUCCGUAAUAAGUGGCGUGCCUUGCAUAUUAGCCCACCACCUGAGGUUAUCAGGCAGAGACUAUGGGAACGGUGCAAAAGUGAGAACAAUGUCACCGGAGAAGGUCACAUGAUGAGGAUUGAGAAUGUGAAUCAGUGAAGAUGGAGGCUGAGGAGGCUGUAAGUUUGAGACUGAGAUGGGGGGAGAUGAGGAGGUGGUUGAGCAGUGUGUGCCUGUUUUGGUGAAGAUGAAGUGUUAGUUAACUCAGAAGUUGAGAUACGUCUGCUGGGUGUUGGCUGUCAUGCCCUCCUUUUUGUGGCUUUUCAGUAACUUUGCUGGAUUAUGUAAUUGCACAAAAAUCAUCCAAAUAAAGAGUGGUGGGUACUGAGAAAGUUCUUUUUUUUUCUUUAAAGUGUUGAAUCAAGCUCUUCUUCACUCUUAGAAUUACUAAUUAUCCUAUAAUCCUUCUCCACUUACAUGAGAAUCUUCUUUACGAGAUUAAAAUAGUAAUAUUUGAUUGAAUAAUAUUGUAUAUCUGUGCAUUGCAUCUUCAAGCUGGUUCUCGUGUGCAAUCGGUGACAAAGGUGUAACAACUGUGAGAAUUUUAUUUGCAUAUCAUUUUUCGUGUGCUGCUCUCCGAUUAUAAAAGAAAACAUAUUUUCACUUGUCUACUCAUGUAUUAUAUGCUGAUCAUCUUCAAAUAGGUAACAAUGUUUUCUUGUUUGUUUUUUUCCUCAAAAAUUGCAUCACUCAUUUAUUAUAGUAGAUAUUAAGUUGUGUUUUAUAACAUGUCAUCUCAUCAUUGCAGGAUUAACAUUACCAAUUACAAGUAUGUUGUAUAAAAUUUGUUCAUAUUUUCUGAGUGUAUAUUAGGCAGUUCACUGUGAAAACCGAAAGUAAUGUUCAGAUUACUUUUCAUCAUAGAAUCCUUAUUUUGCGGUUCUAGUUUUCAAGAUAUGAGCUGGUUGACACUCAGACAUAGAAACACAACAUUGCUAUAUUUUAUUUGAAACCGAAUAUGUCCUUGAUGGUGGUAUGCAUAGUAUUUCUUGUGACUUCCACAAAGAGCUCCUACAUGUUUUAAUGUCAAUAUUUUUCCAGCCUUGAGUUUCCAAUGUGGUCAUUUGUUUCCAAUUUUUUUUUUAAGCUAUAAAUAUCACUUUUACAGCAAACAUCUCUAUAAUGGUCUUUAAAUAUGGAACAGCUACGAUUGGACAAGAUGGAUGGAUGGAUGGAUGACAGAUGAAUGACAUCCUUGCAUAAAUUUCCUAGUCUAAAUAUUAACCCUGUGACAAUUACACAUUAUGCUGUUCUGUGCUGGAAUGUUGUUUGGAAUGUUUAUUAGCUUUUUCAUACCUGGUUAUUUUUCCCUUCCUGACUAAGAAAUAAAAUAAGGAGUAUUUGUACCAGAAAGAGAAACUUGUGAGGAUUGAAACCUUGCUUGUACAUUCAAAAGCUCUUUUUAUGUUAUUAUAAAGAAUAUUUGCGUGUUUUUAUAUGUGUGGCUAAAUUAGGAAAUGUAUCUAUAAUCUUAAUAGUUUUGGUGUAGGAAUAUAGAAAUCUGCUACAACAGGUCUAUAGCAUGAAUAGUUAUAGAAAGAGCUUACUGAUAUUUUUCCAGUUCCAAACAGUUCAGGUAAACAAAAAAACUCUGCAACCUCACCCUAUUCAGCACAUGUUUAAACAAGCCAAAUGUGCAAUUUUCAAGCACAUUUAAUAAAUUUGAGAAUAUACCACAUAUAAUGUAAAAAUCAUUGCACACUUUUAUUCAGUAUCUAGGUAACCUAUCCUGUUUCAGAAAUGUGGUCUUUAAACACAUAGCCAAAAAGCCAGCAUGGAAAUUCAAGUAUUCUCUCUUUUUACCAAAAACAUAUAUUACUAAUCAUGUACAACUUCACAAAUUAAGUAACAGAUAAAUGAAUGUUAAACUUCCAAUCAUCUGACCAAGACAAAAAUUCCUUAGCCUUUCCAGGAAGUAGAAAUAUCUAAAUUUGACAUAGCAACUCAUUGUUAUGAAUAGCAACAGGAAGUUGCUGUAAAUAAAUAUAGAUUUUAAACAAGUGUAAAGCAAUAAAAUAAGCCAGACCAGCUGCAUCUUCCCAUUAUUUUUUCUUCUCAUGGAUGAUGAGCCAUAUCUAUACCACUUCAAGGGAUAGACAUUUGUAAGUUUUUUUUUUACUGACCAUUAAAAAUUAGAAUUAUGAACAACAUGUGACCAAAUAGUUUCAGUCCAAGUCAAAAAAAAAUGUCAGCAAAUGUUACAAAGCGUAUAUGAGAAAAAAAAUAGGAUUUGGUUUGCUAUUUUUUUUCUUUCUAAAAGAUGUUAAAAUAAUCUAAUUGCAUCUGAAUAUGAAUUAUGUUUUGUUUGAAAAAUAAAGUCUGUAACACUGA